GGCUGGUGACGAAUAUUUACGGAAGUGGGAGAAAUUCACAGGAAGACGGUACGACAGCGGUUUGCAGACCUCAGCUUGAUGAUAUGCGAACAUGCAGACGGACGACCCUGUUUCAUGUCUGAAAGCGGAUUUAUUGGAAUCUUCCGGCACAUUUCGCGUUCUUGUCGGAGUAACAGGGAGCGUCGCAGCUUUGAAACUGCCUCUUUUGGUCUCACAGCUUCUUCAGCUCCCUGGGGUGGAUGUAAGAGUGGUAACUACAGAGAAGGCCAAACACUUCUACAAUGCAGCAGACGUCUCUGUAAAAAUCUACACCGACAAGGAUGAGUGGGAGCUGUGGACAAAGAGAUCUGACCCUGUGCUACACAUUGAGCUAAGACGCUGGGCAGACCUACUUGUCAUCGCCCCCCUUGAUGCCAACACUCUUGGAAAGAUUGCUAGUGGCAUUUGUGACAAUCUGCUGACAUGCGUGGUAAGAGCCUGGGAUACCAGCCGUCCUCUCCUCUUCUGCCCUGCUAUGAAUACAGCUAUGUGGCUGCAUCCCAUUACAGCCCAGCAGGUAUCCAAGCUGAAAGAGUUUGGAUAUGUGGAAAUCCCCUGCAUUGCCAAGAAGCUUGUGUGUGGAGAUGAAGGUAAAGGUGCCAUGGCGGAGGUGUCGAAUAUUGUCAGCACUGUAAAGCAGUAUCUGCAGAAACCAGAUGAGUCAUCUCAGAAAACAUGAACGUCACGUCAUAUUGUGGAUUCCAGCGACACCAAAAACCAAUAACAGACCACCAUGAUCGCUUGUCUUCAGUUUUACAUCGGGACUUUCAAAAUCACCACACACCGAUGCUAAACGCUCACAGCUGCUUUUACCUGUUUCAUCUGAGAAGUCCUCUUUUUAGGAUAGUGUUGUGGGUGUGUGUAGACAUUGGCUUCUGCCCGACUCAUCUGUUAUUCCUGUUGCACCUGUUAGGGCAGGGAACAUUUAUCGUUUGUAUUAGGACAUGGACAAUGAAGGCCUUGUGUAGUUUCUUGCACAGACUGAUCAAACUGCAACAUCUGGAACAGGCUUGCUCCUGAGCUGGUUUUUAAUAUCACCUAUUCAUCAUGGCAGAAUGAUUGAUGAGCUGUUGGAGAGAGAUUUACAAUCAGAUAAUAAAAAUUGCCUUUUAAACCGCCCAACUUUAGUAGGACUUUAUUAAUGCCAUAGCAUAGCACAGCAUAUAGGAUGAAAAAUGCUUUCAUGCCUGAACACUUUUCUGUUGUAGUAUCUGACCAGCUACUUGUGGGAAAACCUACAUUUCCUUUUUGCCUAUGUAAGCAGGUGGUCUCUGACCUAAGAUGUGUGUUUCUGUCUGGGAAUGUUUAUGUUAAAGUGGCUUCUGUGCCUGGGAGAUCGUAAAGUGAAGUGGUGCCUGUCGUUGAAGGGAAGCCAUAUGUUAGGUUUCCAUGCAUGGACCUAUAUCAGUGAGUGACUUCUGUCAUCCUAGAAGAGAAUCCCUCUGCUAUGUUGAUUUAGGGGUGCAUCCUGUUUUUACCAAAGUCGUCAGAUGUUGAGCUCAUAUCCUUAACAGAAGGGUAUAAAACUGACCACUAGCCCAUUGUUCGAGAAGGAAUCAGUCGGCGGGCUCCUUCUGUCUGUAUUGAUGCUGUUCUUUUAAUAAAAAACCUAUAAAGAAAGUCAGUGUCACGGACGUUUCUCCUUCACCUGCACAUCACGGACAUCUGAGAAACUACGACACUGUCUACAGAAAAGUGUGUGUACAGUCUGGCAUUCUUCACGCUGACGGUUCUAACAGCAUUGUACACCUUUUCCUUCUCCUUUUCUUUGGAAGUAGCUGGCAGAGAAAUGCUGUAUCACUGCCAGCCUGUUGAUGUUGACUGAACAGUUUGACAAACCUGUUUAAUUAUAUGCUCCUCUUGGCCUUCAAAGGCGUCCUCUGACUUUCUCUGUUGUUGUUUAUUUUGUCCUUAUUAUUAGCUCAAUAAACAAUACAGAUGUUGUCUUAUGGGUAAUAUGUCUAAUGCAGGCAUAUUGUUGCUUGUCAAAUACCGGUACAAAUACCAAGUCGGAUAAAGGUGAAAUAUUGUAGGUGAAUGUAAACCCUGCGCAAGCUUUUGAAUUUUGAAUUAAAAGCACACCUAAUGAAAAGUUUAA